GAGCUCAUUUGUGCUCUGACGUGCCCUGACGGAGAGAGAGAGAGAGAGAGAGAGAGAGAGAGAGAGAGCGAGAGAGUCUGCUGGUUCCGAUGAAAGAACUCAGCCGUAACUCGGGGUGUAUUUCCUAACCCGGGUUAACCAUCCACAUGCGCUGACACAACCCGAAGCGGUCCACACAUCUCGUCGGACGGCGGAGGGAGCUUUUACUCGGCCGUUGUGACACAUUGUGAGUCCACAGAGAAGACGCGCGCGCUGAGGGGGGAAGAUGUUGCUGAAGGAGUACAGGAUAUGCAUGCCCCUCACCGUGGAGGAGUAUCGAAUCGGGCAGCUCUACAUGAUCAGCAAACACAGCCACGAACAGAGCGAUCGAGGGGAAGGUGUGGAGGUCGUCCAGAAUGAACCCUACGAAGACCCGACACAUGGCCAAGGACAGUUCACAGAGAAACGAGUCUACCUCAACAGUAAAUUACCCAGCUGGGCUCGAGCAGUGGUUCCUAAAAUCUUCUACGUGACAGAAAAAGCCUGGAACUAUUACCCAUACACCAUAACAGAAUAUACUUGUUCAUUCCUGCCCAAGUUCUCCAUUCACAUAGAGACGAAAUACGAAGACAACAAAGGAUGCAACGACAAUAUCUUCGACACGGAGCUGAAGGAGCAGGAGAGGGAGGUUUGUUUCGUUGACAUCGCCUACGAUGAGAUCCCCGAGCGCUACUAUAAAGAGUCUGAGGAUUUGCGAUAUUUCAAGUCGGAGAAGACGUCUCGAGGGAUCCUGCAGGAAGGGUGGAGGGACACUCAGGACCCCAUCAUGUGCUCGUACAAACUGGUCACUGUUAAGUUUGAGGUGUGGGGUCUGCAGACACGGGUCGAACAGUUUGUGCACAAGGUGAUUCGGGAUGUGCUGCUGCUGGGACACAGGCAGGCCUUUGCCUGGGUGGAUGAAUGGAUUGACAUGACAAUGGAUGAGGUGAGAGAGUUUGAGCGCACCAUCCAGGAGGCCACCAACCAGAAGAUCGGGAUGUUUCCACCUUCGAUCUCCGUUAACGCAACACCCCUGUCAUCCUUCGCCCUGACCGGCCCCGCCAGCGCCCCCUCCACCCCCAUGUGCACAGAUGCGCCCGAAUCCCUCUCCGUUCCCAAGGACCGACCACGCAAAAAGUCCGCUCCAGAAACUUUGACCUUACCCGAACCCGUCCCAGAGUCCCCCGUGUCAGUUUCAAACCACCUCCAAUCAGACGCAUCGCCAUCUUCCACCUUGGAUAUUGAAGAGAUGGGAGAGUAGAUAG